GACUCCGGGCUGACUGAGCUCCAGGCAGAGCCUGAUGUCAGCCUGGAUUCAGCUGAGCUCUCACAAGACUUGGACACCUCAGAGACUGAAAUCUGGGCAACGGCUCUUCUCACAACAAUGACUGAGGAUGCAGUCAUCACAAACAGUGACAUUGAAGAGAGUGAGGGCAUGACAAAUACUGGCACCUCACCCGCCCCCACUGUUAUUCAUACUGCCCCUAUGGAAUUUUUCGAGGAGAGUGCUGUUCCUUCUCAGCAGCAGGUGCCAGCCAUUGUAAGGAACAUCCACCAGAGGCUGGUGUCCCAUGACACUGUGGAUGCCAGGCUGCAAACUGACAUUGUGAGGCUGGCUGAGAAACAUCCUGUUGACGUGGUGCUGACCCUCCUGCGCUGUGCCCCAACGUGUGACAGAGCUGCUGCAAUCAUGUGGAAAACCAUAGGAUCAGUGGGACCAGCACUGGAGAAAGUGCUGCCAACACUGCUGUGUGUGAUGGAGGACUGGCCUGUGCACAGCGCAUCCACCUCCGAUGGGGAUGACACAGAUGUCUUUGCCCUGGCUGCAACUCUGGUGAUCUGGGUGAUUGUGUCUGAAUGCCACAAGGCCAUGAUCCCUUAUUCUGGGCGACUGUUUGUGGCUCUGCUCUUCCAUAUUGUCAUCACCACACAGCAGAUGCCACCAGAGGAAGCUGGGCACUUUUGGAAAGCAUGUCGGGAGGAACACCGCCUUCCCAGGAAGCCCAGCAGGUUUGCAGUACAGGCCAUGAAGGCUCUGCUCUACCGCCUGCGGUGUGACAAGGAGGUGAUGGCUGUGGAGCGCAAGCGUGGCUGGGACACGCUGCUGCGUGCUCACACCCAGCACUAUGCCGUGGGUCUGCUGGCCAGGGAGAUGCGCCGUAUCUUUAUCCCCUUUUGUUCCCUCAUUGCAUUACAUCUACUGAAGGAGCUCCACAGGGCGGACCCAUACUGGGAUCUGCCCUUCCUGGCAUUCCUUGUGGAGGUCUUUGAGUGCUUGGACUUGUGUAAAUGUGGUGACAGCAUACUGGAGAUCAUGUCAAGGUGCCUGCAGAGCGAGUGCAGGGAGAGGCGUCGCCUGGCGCUCAGGGCCCUCAUGGUGCUCAGCAAGGAUCCCUUGAGGGCCAGAAGAAUGUGCAGUCUGUCUAAAAACCUUGUGGAGCUGCUGGGUGAUGCAGAUGGAUAUGUUGUCAGCAUGACCCUCUCUGUGCUCACAAAUAUACUUGAGAAUGACCACAUCCUGAUAUCCAGCACCACUGCCCCGCAGCUGGCUGAGGCACUCCUGCCACUCUUUGACUGUGACGACAUCCAUAUGCAGCUGCUCUCCCUAAACCUCUUCUUCAAGGUGAUGGACUUGGUAGUGAAGAAAGGAAAAAAGCCCCUGAAGAGAAUUGUGAAACAGAGCCUGCUGCCACUCUUCUUUCAUUGCCAUGAUGCGAACGAGCGUGUGGCAAAAGCCUCUCGUGAAUUGCUGCUUUGUGUGGUAAGGUUCCUGAGGAGAAGGAAGCUCAAGCAACUACUUAAGAGGGAGAAGAUGUUGAAGUUUGGCACCAGCCUGGGUCUGCCAGGGUAUCCAUGAGGGGACAGAAGGAAGUCCUCGAGGUCCUCAAUGAGGCCAUUCACACCCGGAAGAAAGGCUGUACAUCCCACUGUAGCAGGAAUAUUCAAGCACAGUUUACAAGUCGAGUUGAAGAAUUAAGUUCAUCUUCAGGAUCCAGUGAAUCAGUGUCCUAAGAAUAGCACCAGGAGAUGCUGAAGAGGACACCAUCUCCACUGCCACUGGAACCCCACGCACAGCUGAUAAUUGGUACAGCGGAGCCUGUGGGACACUGGUCUGGCUUCAGCCAACUCCCUGCCUGUAGAUAGCUCCCUCCCUCCAGCUUUCACACCGUGUCGACCCUCCCCGCUUUGGUCCAUUCCAGUUCAUCCCUUUGCUUCGCCUGCCAUUAAUAAACAGUUUGGCUUCUUCA